AUGAUACAUCAGUCCGACAUUUUCUGCAGUCUGACACUGAGCAGUCGACAGUCAAACUAUAACAGAACCAACACCAAGCGAAUGGAAAUCAGCAGGAAAAAUGAGUCCGAAGAUCAAACGAGAUCUAGACGGACUUCAAUGAUUUCCCAGACUGUUAUCAGACGAUCAGAAGUUCCCGAUGAUGUGACGGCGGAAAGAACGAGAACCAACACCAUCAGAGCAUCUGUAACUCGAGCAAAAGAGAGGAGCAGACCGCAUCGAGUUCGGAAGUCGACACGUCAACGAGCUGUUUCUCGAGUAGGUGCUACUGAUGCACAACCAGAUCCUCACUACAUGGGAAGGAUGGAUCAAGUCAAUAAAAUUUCGACUUUCAAAUGGUGUAGGUGA